AUGUCGCGGACCAUGUUUACUGUAUCACAGAGUGUCGCGGCACGCUCACUUACCGUCCCGCGCGCCUCCCCGCUUCCAUCUGCGGAAUGCGCAUAUUCCCACCCGACUAUGGAAGCCGCGGCCGAGAAGGUCAGGCAGCUCUCCCAAUCACUCUUGCCUGAACGACCACACCAGCUCUCCCAGUCCCCGGAUUGGAAGUCACGCAACCCACCCGACAAUACCGGCCGUCGAUGCGAGGAAUGGCACGACCGUCGUCUCCAGUACAUGACCUUUCUCAGCGACGCUGACCGCGGUACCCUCCUCACCCGCGGUUACUACGAUAUCCGCCCCGACCCGCCACCACCCAAACCCGCCCUGCCUAGGGAGGUAGGUGCGCUGGCGCGAUCAUCCGCUCCUAAGAAGACAUUGUCGCUUAGCGACUACAAGAACAAGAAGACGACGGCCACCACCGUAACCUCACCCCUCAGAACGCCCUCUACCUAUAAUAAUACCCCUAAGUCCACGAUGACCCACCCCGAUCGCGCCGCUGCGUCCGAGCCUAAGCAGCCCAUCCUCAUGGACACGAACAGGAAGCACGAUGUGCCUAGUAGGCCUAGAGCUGAUGCUGACCACAUCGCUGUCGAUAUGAGUCGGAAACGGAUAGCUGAUUCCGAUGACAGUUCACGACCUGCCAAGAGGUCGAGGCCCUCAGACACCGGCCGACCAGCCGACGACAGGCCGCACGGAGCCCGCGAGCGUGACGACCGUCGCGACGAUCGACGCGAUGACCGCCGCAAAGCUCUAGAUGUGCCUUCUACCAGGGACUCACUCCCAAAUGGCCGCCCCAAAGGGAAGACAGACUCGAGAACGAACCGCGCACCCUCGCCCUUGCCUCGCUCUCGUGGAAACUCCAUGAACGGCACCAAGCACCCGGCGGCAGGUAGCAAUCAUAGCACGCCCAGCAAGGCCGACUCAUACAAAUCCGUCCUGCCCCCCUUACUAUCUCCUCUCCGACUUGAUCUCGACGAACAAGACGCGUUCAAUAUGGAUAAGAAACGUCGCGAAAACGGAGACACAGCAGCUAAGCCAAGGGCAGGCAAGGGCACAGAUACGCAUACAGACUCAAGAUACACCGCAGCAUCUCCCGUGAGGUUACCGCCCCUCUUGUCGCCUACCUUGCCCCCCGAAAUCGAAGCAGAACUUGAUCGGCGGCGGAAAACAUCGCCCAGGCCCAAAGAAACUGGAAGCACCAGGGACAUGGAUCGGUUGGACGAACCAAGGAAGACAACCGUCGAGAAUUCCAGCGAGAGUACUCGUCUAGUGAAGGGUCGUAAGAGCCUGGUUGUAAUGCUCAAGGUGCCCAAGGCUGCAGGAAAGAGGCCGGCUAAUUACGACUCGACGGGCCUCAAGCGGCCUCGGGUAUCCGACAUGCCCAAGGGGCCACUGCCACCGUCUACACCAUCUAAAAAGGGGGCGACAGCCAUGUCACGCGUCAGCUCAAGCAACUCUGCAACACGGACGCCCGGAGCUUCCGGGAGCUUUGGGGCUGCGACCAACACGCUUGCGCCGGCGUCGACGCCAUCACUGGCCGCAGCGUCGUCCUCGGAUCGACCAAGCAUGUCCAAGGUACCGCCGCUCAAGGAGAGAGCGGACGCACUGGUCAACCUGGGUAAGUCACAGAAGCGGCUUGGGGAUGGCUACCUCAAUGAGCGGCCAGAUUCGAGUGGCACGACGGUGGGCCUCGUUCUCCUGCUGGAGAGCGUAGCGGCCUUCAUGGCCGGAUUCCACGCGUACGAUACGAAUCGACUCAUGGCGGCCAAGCUUUCCGACCCGAGCCAGUGGCAGACGCUCUUCCCCCUCAUCGAUAUGCUACAGAAGCGCCUCGAGCAGCGCCGCAGCCCCUUCCUCUACAGUGUAUCCUUCCUCCUGCAGGCCACGACAUACGGCCAGCUCAUCGCCGCCUGGGCCACGUGCGAAGACCCGUCCGACCGCGUCUCGCUCAAGAACGUCUUACGGUUCGAGCGCUCACGCUCUCGUGCCUGGCAGCAGUACCGCGACAUUUCGGAAUCGUUUGACGAGUCUCUUCGCGUGUACCCGACGCCUUGGUUCACGGCGAACGAUACCGUCGCGUCAGCCCUGCACGUCCUGGACCUGUGGUGUUCCGAGGAGGGUGUUGACUGGUCUCCUAACACAAAAUUUGCCGCUCUGGGUAUAACUCGCCGCCGGGCCUGA